GUGUUAAUAAGUUCUUAUAUAUUUAGUAUUAUUGAAUAGUUAUUGCUUUAAAAACAAACAUGAAGUUGACGAAUCCCCUUAGACACGUAGAGUUUGGUAAUUUGGGCGUCUUCGUUAGGGGCAUUGUAUCAUAUACUUUAAGUCCCUUCGAACUUAAAGCAUUCCAUAAUCCUUUAAAGCGGAUACCCAGAGCAAUGCAAAGGUUUAUUGAAGGAGCGGUACACAUAGUGCCAAAUGGUGGUUUUGCUUGGUGGCUUCAUGGUUACGUCGAAAAGAAGUAUGAUGAAAUGAAUAGAAAAAAUCCUGAAGAUUAUGAAAACGACAGUUAAACUUCACUUGAUAG